UUGGGAGCGGAGGGGUGUCCAGGCAAUCCAGAUUACCAAGACCAUUGCAACCAGAAGCCUGGCUAGAGGAGGGAGGACCCUGGACUCAGCCACGGUGGGCGCGCCCUGCCAAGGAGGGCGGAGGGCGGAGCAGGAGAAGGAGGGAGAAGGGAGGGCAUGUGAGCGAGUGAGACACAAGAAAAGCUUGCGCGCCACCGCCCUCCUCGGGAGAGAGGCUGGAGUGAGCCUGAGCGGAGAGCCGCAUUUCAAUGAGGACCAGCUCCAGCGCAUCAGUGCACUAGCGGCCGCAGCUUCCAGACGCUCGUACUCCGCAGCCCCAGCCGCGCCCAGCCCGGCGAGGACAGCUCCAGCAGCCGGCCACAGACAACCCAGCCUCCACCCGCGACCGGUUCCAUAAGCAAGCCAGCCAUGUCGUUCGGCAGAGAUAUGGAGUUGGAACAUUUUGAUGAGCGGGACAAGGCGCAGAGGUACAGCAGGGGGUCCCGUGUGAAUGGCCUGCCCAGCCCCACACAUAGCGCCCACUGCAGCUUCUACCGCACCCGCACCCUGCAGACGCUCAGCUCCGAGAAGAAAGCCAAGAAGGUUCGAUUCUACAGAAAUGGUGACCGCUACUUCAAAGGAAUUGUGUAUGCCAUCUCCCCAGACCGCUUCAGAUCUUUCGAGGCCCUGCUGGCUGAUUUGACCCGAACUCUCUCGGAUAAUGUGAAUUUGCCCCAGGGGGUGAGAACCAUCUAUACCAUCGAUGGUCUCAAGAAGAUCUCCAGCCUGGACCAGCUGGUGGAAGGUGAAAGCUAUGUCUGCGGCUCCAUCGAGCCCUUUAAGAAGCUGGAGUACACCAAGAAUGUGAACCCCAACUGGUCAGUGAACGUCAAGACCACCUCAGCCUCCCGCGCAGUGUCUUCUUUGGCCACUGCCAAGGGUGGGCCUUCGGAGGUUCGGGAGAAUAAGGAUUUCAUUCGACCCAAGCUGGUCACCAUCAUUAGAAGCGGGGUGAAGCCACGGAAGGCUGUCAGAAUCCUGCUGAACAAGAAGACGGCUCAUUCCUUCGAGCAGGUUCUCACUGACAUUACUGACGCUAUCAAGUUGGACUCGGGUGUGGUGAAGCGCCUGUACACCCUGGAUGGGAAGCAGGUGAUGUGCCUUCAAGACUUUUUUGGUGAUGAUGACAUUUUUAUUGCAUGUGGACCAGAGAAGUUCCGUUACCAGGAUGAUUUCUUGCUAGAUGAAAGUGAAUGUCGAGUGGUGAAAUCAACUUCUUACACCAAAAUAGCAUCAGCGUCCCGCAGAGGCACGACCAAGAGCCCAGGACCUUCCCGGAGAAGCAAGUCCCCAGCCUCCACCAGCUCAGUUAAUGGAACCCCUGGUAGUCAGCUCUCUACUCCACGCUCGGGCAAGUCACCAAGUCCAUCACCCACCAGCCCAGGAAGCCUGAGGAAGCAGAGGGACCUGUACCGCCCCCUCUCGUCGGAUGAUUUGGACUCAGUAGGAGACUCAGUGUAAAAGACACAAUGGAGCGAUGUGUAUGGUUUGUGAUGGGAUCAAGGUUUCCCAUUUCCUAAGCAAGCAAGCAUCUAACAGCAAAAUACACAAAAGAGUUUUGCAUAAGUAACUAAGUUAUACAAAAGCAAGGGUGCAGACAUUUUUUACUCGUGGUAUUCUUGGUAUUCUUUGAAAGAAAAAAAAUUUUUUUAAAGUAUCUCCUCCAUUUGAUGUAACUGAGGAGAGUUUGAAUACAAUAUUUGUUAGUCGCUGAGAAUUUUAUGACUAAGGUCUGGUUCCAGAUAAAUUUCAUAUAUGACUCCAAUAUUAAGAACAAGAACCACCCUAACGAUCCAGCAUUACAGAGUCACCAUUUCUGUCAAUGAGUAUUCUUUUUAAUCAGUAAGUAGAUAGAUAAAUAAAUAUAAUUUUUCAGUACUUAGUAUAAGGAAAAUUUAAUAAAGUAACAGACACAGUUUUUCUAAAAGGUAAAAAAAUCUUCUACCUUUUUAGUUUAAAAGUUAAAAAUAAUCAGACAGCUGAUUAGCUUUUUCAUUGCAAAAUAGUACAAAAACUCUUGAGGAUUUUUUUGAGUGAAUAUGUCUGGAAGGGAGUUGAGGGACUCCUAUAGGAGACAUCUCACAAAGACUAAUAUUAAGCAGUAAGAACAUUCUCUGGGUUUUUGUUUUUGCUGUUGUUGUCAUGUGGAUUUUUCUUUUUUCAGAUUAUCUUUUGUAAAAAUAGUUUCAGCUACAUGGAAACACGAACAACUUGACAUUAUUAUUAAUUGUAUAAUGUUUCCCCACAACAGCAACAGUAUACUUAUUAUUUUUUUCAAGUGUGUAAAGAUUUUGACCUAAAAAAAAAAUGGGACUCAUACUGUUUUUUUAAAAAUAAACUCAGUUUGAGAAUUGAAAUUCUUCUAAACAUAGCUUGUACAUUGGGCUCCAGAUAGCCAAAGCUCCAUUCUGAUCAUCUUGCAUCUUGUUGUUUGGGAUAUCUUCAUAUGCAAAACUCCUUUUGUGUCAAACCUAGUGUGUCUAUGAUUAUAACCCACUGUUAAAACAUUAACCUACUAAUUCUUCUCCUCUAGUCCUCUAUUUUCAAAAGUGUAAGUCAGCUUUGCUUAAAUGUAAAACAGUUAUUUUUAAAUCUAGAUGUUAGAAAUCAAUGUGUAUGAUGUAUUGUAUUUAGACCAUACCCGUGACCGUUUCUUUUUACUAGCUCAAACACUAACAAUUUAAGACUUACAAAGCAUGAGUUUUAUAUUCUCUAGGCUUGACAUAUCUCAGUAGGGUGACAGAUUUAAAAUGUAUGGUGCCAUUUGGAGCCUUUUACUUGAGAUUUCUUUCAAAUUUCUCUUGAAAACAUUUUGAAAAUGCCCGAUUCAAGAUGGAGAGGAGUCCCCUUGUCAUAUGGUUUCAAAUGUUAUUGAUUUAUUUCUCUCGGUAGACUGUUCAGCUAGCAAAUUUCCCCAUCUGGUUUAUAGUUACCUAUGCUAGCAUCUCACUUGACAAGUGAAUAAAAUAUUCCAACCGAAAAAGAAAAAUAAGACGUCCAGGCAUCCUACCAGCAUUUGAAAAGUUAGCCGAGUGAUAAUUAGUGCCUCCCUACCCUGCCUGUUAGAGAGGAGAGGGAACUCCGCUGGCGUGUUAUUUGAGAACUGCAGACUGAUCCCUCCAUCUUGAAAGGACAGAAAAUGAUCAUACCUGUUCCAGACUUCAGAUUUUAAAACUGUUUCCAAUAGACAUGAACAGAGACUCCUGCUGAGAUCAAAGGGCUGCCUUGUCUUUAGCUGAAACAGUAAACAUCUGUGAGGAUGCCGUGCUGGUGCUGUCUGUUGCGAUGUUAUGUCUCUGUAAAAAUGCAUUACUUAAUAUAGGUCAGCCCAUAAAAGAUUAGUAUGUAUUUGACUAACCUGUCAAAAAUGCAUUGAAAGCAGUGGGUCAGAUGGUCCAGAACAAAACAUAAAUUCCAGUAAUUUCAACUCCCCUGUGUAGUCAAUCUUAUGGAAACCCAAUAAAUGCUAUCGGCUCUGGGUAAGUAGCAGAUACUGCCAAUGGCUAUAAAGAUCGUGGCUUUGUUUAGACACAGCAUAAAGAGAGUAGACUUUUGGACUAAUUGCCAAUAGGUAUUGUGGCCAACUUUCCAUUCAAGUAGUUCCAGAGAGAUGCUAUCCCAUGGCAUUUCAUCUUUGAACAUAUGACUUUUAUUAAAGGAUUGUUCAAGGGCCAUAUAUCUCAUUUACUUUUGAAACUAAAGUUCCUCUUAGAUUGAAAUACACACUCUUGAGAUCUCUUCCUAUGCAGGGGAAUAAUUCUGUUAUCCAAAAGCAGAAUUUUUUAAACAUCCAAGCAGCACACCAGGUCAUCGGUAAAGACCCAAUGGGUAAUUAACAGUGACUUAAGACAUGGCUGCUUUUAGAAUCCUUCUAACAUCAUUAGUCGCUGAACUUUAAAAAUGACCUGCUGAGAAGGAGAGAACUCCAGCCAACAACAGCCACACACUUUUCUCUUGCUGAUAAUCCCCUAAACAUAGACUAUGCUGUGUCCACCUUUUCAGGCUUUUGUAUUUGUGGUUACAUUAUUUUUUUCUUUUUAGACAUACCUAGAAAGAAAGAUGUUACAAAGAGGCCUCUGCUUUCAGCAUUUUAUAAGCUAAAAACCUAGUGAUACACAAAACGUGGUGUUCUGUGUGAACUCAGAAGCCAUGUGGAAAAGUCAUUGUCUUGAUUUGUCCUUUUAGUAGAAGGUCUGUACUCUUCUAGGUUUCUAAACUCGAAGUUUGGGCUCCACCCAUCUGUACACGUGUCUGCAAUGCACAUAUGAGUUCACCUUAGCAUUUCAAGAUCCGAUCCCAUUGUCUGCAAUCCCCAGAGCAGCUCUGGCACCUGCCUGUGCUCCCUAUGCUAAGCAGCAAGGGUGUUCGCCUCCUCUUCUUUGCAGCCAUACCUGACUGUACUUUUGUUUCCAUUUAAAAACGCUGAAUUCUAAAAGCCUCAUUUUAAAAAAAGUAAUUGUGAAUGAGAAUACAUAAGAAUAAUCCUAAAAGAUAAAUCCAUAUAUUUUACCUGUUGAACUACUAGGAUUUUUUUUUCUAAUGGUGGCCAUAUAUCUAUACAGGUGUGUGAGUGUUUAUGUGCAUUUGCAGGACUCAGUGUAUAUGUGGGUGUGCCUACAUAAAUAUCUGUGUAUGUAUAUAGAACAUGAAGAAUAAAGGAUGAUAUUUGUGAUAUGGUCUUAUAAGUUACUGGCUCCCGUAGAAUUAAAUAUAAAGCUGUAUGUGAUAAAGUUGUGACAUACGUAUUAGUUGGCACAUAUUUAAGCUCCAAAUCAGUUUGCUAAAUUAACAUGAUGAAGCAGUACCAAAUAUUCUGAUUUAUCCGAGACCAACUGAAAUCCAGACAAACAGAAAAAACUGAAGUCCAAGCAAAUCCAACCUUGCAUUGAUUGAUAAAUGUAAAUAUUAAUGUUUUUAUUGUAAAUUUUUGAUGCUCAGUAACCUGAUUGAAUGCAGUGACAUUUUCCUGUUGUGUGUGUAUUGAUGACUACAGUGAUUAUCAAUCAACAUUCACAAAACAAACUGAUUUCUAGACAUGUGGGCACUAGAGUGUUAUGCUGAAAUAAAAGUAGAAAAAGUCAAAAUAAAUUUGAUUUGCAGUUUUGUUAUGAAGCCAGACAACAUGUAAGGCCAUGCUGUGUGUUCUUUCUAUGCUUAUAAACUGUUAAAAUGUUUUGAAGACAACUUGCUGUGUGUGUGUAUAUGUGUGUCUACAUGAGUGUAUACACACUUGAAAAUGCUUAUUGGCUGAAGUUUACUGUCUGUGUACAUUUGUGCAUUUGUGCCUAUCUGCAUUGGCCUUGCCAGCGCCUCUAAUUGUGCAUGUUAGUGACAGACAUGUUUGGUUGAACAAACCCACAGAGAAAUAGUGUGGAAAUCAGAGAUACGUCAAAUUCAUUAUAGUGAUUGCCUGAUACAGCAUAUUAAACUGUCAGCUGAAAAACAUUUGUAAUUUUGUGCCUGUAACAUGUGUAGGGAAAAACGGGAAAAAUCUAAGGCCCUCACUCUAAUUUUAAGGGUGCAUGACAUGUGCUGUCUUUAAAAAUGUAUCUUAUUGUAAUAAAAGGUGAUGGAUAAAUUCUGAGGUAGCGUAAGUGAAGCAUGAAACCCAGGUGUUUGUAUUAUAUAUGGCCAUGCAAUAUUUUUGAAGCCAGGGUAGUAAAUAUUAGAAGGUUAAUAGGCAAAGAAUAUGGAAGUUAAUUUUACUGUGAUGUGUUUUUGAGGUGUUUUUACACAUUGCCAGACAAGGAACUUAGCUCCUUUUGUUUUUCUCCUGUGGACUCUUUGAAACACUAUGAAUGUUAUAAAGUUGAAUUUUCUUUAUAAAGGUUGCAUACCAUUUGCAGUUGGAGUUGCUUGGAUGUGUAGUCUCUCCAUUGGGGGGGGGGGAAGCAUUUGGUAUUAAAAUGGUUUAAGCAGCAAUAUAUUAGGAAAUACAUCAUUCAAGGCAAUCUGCAGAAACCUGUAGAGAUGAGAGCUAAUGAAAUGUUAUUGAACUACCCAGUUUGAAAGCUUCCAUGCCCUUCUUCUGUAGUUUCCUUGGAAAAUGCUGUACCUUGUGUUUCACAUGCGACCAUGUUACCCUUUCCUGAACUUACCUUUGUGACACUUAGCAGCUUAGCCAAACCAUGUAAUAAACAGGAAGAACUGC